CCGCCCGCCAAUAAUUACAGUAACAUUCAACUCCAUCGCGACCAUAAUGGGCAGACACGCCAAUCCCGAUAUUCGUCGCGCGUUCGCCGAAUUCCAGGACGAGAGCACCCCGUCCAAGUGCAACAAGGUACGAUGUCUCCAUUGCGGCUUCGUUCGCGCAAAGAACACCACCCGCCAGAUUGAGCACCUCCAGGAGUGUCAAGCCUACCUCAGCUCCGCCGAAGCGCAGGCGCACAUGAGGGAGAACCCCGAAGGCACCCCCAUCGACCCCAGCAUGCCCGACACCAAUACGCGCGCCAUUCUCAACGGCACCCAUCCCAAUCCAAACCUCCAGGUCCACCGUCGUGGCCCCAAUGCGAAGCGCGCCCGCGACGGCCUCCCAAUCAUGCCUCACAUGCCUCAGCACGUUGCGCCCUCGCCGCUUGUGCCGUCCUUGACAGCCCAUCUCCUCACCGUAUGCGGCCCGUCCUUCCAGGCGGCGACACAGACGCCCUUCCUCUCCCAUGCUGGUUGUGGCACACUUGCCGCGGCGCCGCUGUCACAAUGGCUGGUUCAGGACGGACACUAUGCGCGUGGAUACAUCCGCUUCAUCGGACAAUUGCUGGCCAAGAUACGCCUGCCGCAGACUACCAGUUCACAGUUCCACAUUGCGUAUCGGACCAUGGACUUGCUAAUCUCGGCGCUCAACAACAUUCGUCGCGAGAUCACAUUCUUCGAAAUCAACGUGACCAAGUAUGGCCUUGCUCUCAACAACGACCCGCCGACUCCCAUCACUCGCGCCUAUCUUGAUCUAUUCUUGAGCGCGAGUAGCUCUAGCGCAUCUAUGCUAGAAGGUAUGGUGGUUCUGUGGGGCACUGAGCACUGCUACCGUUCCGCCUGGACCUAUGCUGCCACUUUCAGCGGUACCCUUUCCACACCUUCCACUGACGCCCACAUCGUCGCCCUCCACCAAUCUCUCAUCCCCAACUGGACCUCUCCCGCCUUCUCCAAGUUCGUCGACGCUACGCGCGCCCUUGUGGACGAGCUCGCCAACACCACCACCUCUCCCAAUGGAAAAGAGGAGAUGUUACGUUGCGAGGAGGUCUUCCGUCAAAUUUGCUGGCUCGAGGAGCGCUUCUGGCCCGAUGUCGACGGCAUGGGUCAAGAGGACGACAAUACACGCUUAGCCUCAGGCGGAGGCCUGAGCAAUUUGAAUGGAAAUGGCCUGGGCGGUAGUGUCGGACCGCUUGGUGCUGGAAUUGGCAGUCAGGGGGACGACGAGACUCCUGGUACCAAUGGUCAAACCACCUUCGGUGGGUUGAAUGGGAUCGAGAACGGUGGCCAGACGUCGUAAGUGCCGUAUCUAUAGCGAUACGGUAGACGUAUUUCUGGGCCAUCAAUACUAAUUCAAGAUGUCUAGCUCAAAGGAGGAUUCUUCAGUCUCCGAGGCAGAUGCAGCCUCAGAGACAGAUGCGGCCUCCAUUGAGGAAUAU